CAUGGACUCACUUGAUGGAACAAGCUAUGAUGUCCUGAUCUCUGGAACAGGCAUCCAGCAAUCUCUGCUCGCUCUCUUCUUUGCUUAAAGUGCUCUCUCGCGCUCUGGCAAGAAGAUCUUGCAUGUCGACAAGGAUGACACUUAUGGUGGUCCCGAAGCUGCCUUGAGUCUCCAAGAAGCUGAACAGUGGGUUGAAAAACUCAAUUCUGCAAAGCAAUCCAGAUUCAGCAAUGCUUCCAUCACCAAGUCAGACGAAGCUGCUCAGAGUCUCUCUCCUUCUAGAGCUUACAAUCUAUCGCUCGCGCCAACUCUGAUCUACACCCGCUCUGGCCUCCUACCCAUUCUCGUGUCGUCCAACACCAAUGCGCAGCUUGAUUUUAUGGCCGUUGGUGCCUGGUUCGUCUUCGAGAAGCAGGAGCAGGAUGGACGUCUGGCUCGCAUUCCUAACGGACGCGAAGACAUCUUUGCCGACUCUUCACUCACUUUGAAGAUGAAAGGUCAGCUGAUGAAGUUCGUCCGCUUCAUUGGUGCGUUCGAGGAAAAGCCUGAAACAUGGCAGCCUCAUCGCAACACUCCCUUCACGACCUUCUUGUCUGAACAGUUUGGGUUACAUGCUGUCGAUUCCCUCAUGGCACUCUGCUUGAGCCUGGAGACUCCGGAGAAGACCACCACUGAAUUCGCUCUGCCUCGGAUCGCUCGCCACCUCCGUUCAAUCGGUGUCUUUGGCGCCGGCUUUGGUUCUGUCACUCCCAAGUGGGGCGGUCUCUCUGAGAUCAUCCAGGUUGCUUGCAGAGCUUGUGCUGUUGGUGGUGGUACAUAUGUUCUCGGUCAAGGCAUAUCUAUCAUUGAUCACGCUCAGUCUGACGAGGACGACAUCGAGGAGAUUCCGCGAGAACCGGAAAAGCCCGAUGUGUCGCAAGACAUACACAACAUGAUUACCGAAGGUGAAGGUUUCGUUGAUAUCAAUCCCGACAGUCUUGACGAACUCGAGUCUGGUAUCAAGGAACAAUCCCUGGACGAUCUUCUUGCUGCAGCUGGAUACAGUAUCGCUGGUGUCGAGGAAGAAAAACCCACACCGGCGGUUGACGAGUCUGCUGAAAAGCAAACUCCCGCUGCAUCGGCUUCUGAGAAAAAGUCAUUGUACAGUGUCCAGCUUAGCAAUGGAGAAAAGGUGUCAUCGCAGUUCAUUGUCGGCUGCUCAGACGACCUACCUGGAUCACUCCCUUUCACAACUAUUGGUAACAAGGUUUCUGAUGCACAGCCUGAUGCUGCUUCGCGGAGUGUGACAAUCAUCUCUUCGCCUAUGCAACAUCUGUUCGUGACCGCUGCUGAAGGCGGCGUCUCGCCUGCAGGUGCUGUGGUCAUAUUCCCAGCUGGUUCGCUUAGCAACACAAGCUACCCGCCUGUCCAGAUCAUGGUUCAUUCCAGUGAUACUGGCGAGUGCCCUCAAGGACAAUGCAUUGUAUACGCAAGCACCGCGCUUACCGGCCAGCAAGGCCAGCAGUUGCUUGCUCAGGCCAUCUCUUCGUUACUCGCCGCGCACGACAACGAGGCUAAGGCUCUAUGGUCGCUUGUCUACGAACAACAUUCUGAAAUGGGAAUACUCUCACCCGAGGCGUCCCAGUCCAGCAUUCUCAAGUUCCAAGACGCGCCUCUGGACUUUGCUUUUGACGACGCGAUUAUCGAGAAUGUCCAGGCCGCUUGGCAGAAGAUCUUGCCCGAAGCUGAUGACUUUAUGGUCUUCAGAGACAGGGGUGAGGCCGCCGAAGAAGAUGCAGAAGCACAAGAGGAGAAUGAGGAGUAAUGAGUGCAUGUUGGAAUUUACCAUAGAUUGCUAUCUCACAUGAACGACAUGACUAUGAACCAACUACACGAUACAUACAUUGAUACGUUUUUUCGAGA